AUGACCGUUGAAACUACAGCAGAGAAAGAGGCCGAGCUACAGGAGCAACAGAAGACCCAUCAAGGGUCAAAAUCCCGUGAAGCAGAAGCAUGUAAGAAGAGAGUGUACCAGAGAUCACAGUGUACUGGGGGUCCAGUAUCUCACGUGUGUACAAAAGCUCUCCAUUGGAAGUCGACUCUUGCUGAAGGGCAGAGGCUUCAGAAGGGGGAGAUAAGCUGUGGGUGUGAGGAGUGCAGGAAAACCUUCUUCCAGAACUCACAUGUUACAGUGUGUCAGAAAGCGCCCCCACACAGGAAGCUUUGUGAAUGUACAGAAUGCAGAAAGGCCUUCUUCUGCAACUCAGAGCUCACUAGUCCUCAGAGAAUGCGUACAAGUGAGAAGACCAAUGAAUGUGCAGACUGGGGGAAGACCUUCUCCCCCAAGUCGUAUCUCACUCAGCAUCAGAAAAUGCACACAGGUAAGAAGCCUUUUGAGUGUUCAGAAUGUGGGAAAGCCUUCCGCACUAAGAGAAAACUUACUCUACAUCAGAUCAUUCAUACAGGCGAGAAGCCCUAUGAGUGUACAAGAUGCGGGAAGACCUUCUCCCUCAAGUCAUACCUCACUCAGCAUCAGAAAAUUCACACAGGCAAGAAGCCUUAUGCAUGUGCAGAAUGUGGGAAAGCCUUCUACCGAUCAACACACCGUACUUUGCAUCAGAGAACUCAUACAAAUGAGAAGCCCUAUGAGUGUACAAAAUGCCGGAAGUCCUUCUACUGCCGGGCACAGCUUACUCUGCAUCAGCGGAUUCAUACAGGUGAGAAGCUUUUUAAGUGCAUGGAAUGUGGAAAGUCUUUCCACUAUAAGUCACACCUAACUCGGCAUCAGACAGUUCACACAGAUGAGAAGAAGCCCUUUGAAUGUAGAGAAUGCGAGAAAUCCUUCCACUCCAAGUCACGCCUCACUGAGCAUCAAAGGUCUCACCCAGGUGAGAAGCUCUAUGAAUGUAUGGAGUGUGGGAAAUCGUUCUAUCAGAAGGCCACACUCUUUCUACAUCAGAGGAGUCAUAUCGGCGAGAAGACUUAUGAGUGUCCAGACUGUGGGAAAGUUUUCUAUUGCAAGUCACAUCUCACUCUUCACCAGGUAAUACAUACAGAUACAUGCCCGUAUGUGUGUACAGAAUGUGGAAAGUAUUUCUACUAUAAGUCACAACUCAUUGUGCAUGGACGAACUCACACAGGUGAGAAGCCCUAUGAAUGUGGAGAAUGUGGGAAAGCCUUCUCCCGCAAGCCAUACCUCACCCGACAUCAGCGUACUCACUCAGGUAAGAGCAAUUUGAAUGUAAAAAAUGUGGAAAAGCUUUCUACCGAAAGUCAAAGCUCGAUUAACGUCAGGGAACACAAGCACGUGGCAGGUAUUUUGAAAGAAAAGAAUGCAGGAUUCCUUUCUACUUCAAGUCACAAGUAGCAACAGUGGACACCUCCGAUGAGGAGCCCUGAGCAUGGAAUGAAUGAGAGAACUUUAUACGGAAAGUCAUGGUAGAGAAUGAAUUUGAAUAAGAAUCCUGUGACUGCAAAGUGCAAAGUAUUUCGUGCAAGUCGCAGUUCUGUGGCAUCCGAGGAUACAAGCCGCCCAGAAGCCCUAUGGAUGAGUGCAGUGAAGCUAGGUUUCCUCUAAGUCCCCACUCAGGGCACAUCAUUGCUCACAUACGGACAGGAAGCCUUACAAACGUACAGUGAGGAAAUGCAUUCUCAAGCCACACGAGAGGCCACAUGGAUGAGAAUGUAAGGAGUACUGGGAUUUUUUAUUGUUUACUGAAAUCUAAAACUCAGGGAUAAAUAUUAAAGAAUAAAUCUGAGAAAUGCACAGAGUGGCUGGGAAAUGAUCCUCCCUUUCUACUUCCUCAGUCUAAGUGCAUGCCACCCGUUGGCCCCACCCCUUCCUUCCUGGUCUCCCACUUUCUCCUCUUAGUCCACCACAGAGCUUGACAGCCCAUUCUCGUCAGCUGAAUGUGGACUUCCCUCGAAACUGAAGUUGGCUCCGUUGGUGGUGGUCUUAGAGCAAUCCACACGGGCAGAUCUCCCCCAGCAAAGGAGCCCAGAAAAACUUAGUACAACCGUUAGUCCUGACAUGACAACAGAGAAUGUAGGAUUGUCAGAAGACUGAGAGAUACAAGAAGGUGUGAGACUUAGAAUAAAUCCAUCCUUACUAAGCAUCAGUGGACACCUACAGGAUCGGGACAUCUGCCCGUGAGGAAUUCUGUGUGUGAGAAAAGCCGUACGUGUUGAAGCCUAGGAAUUUAAGGAAUGAAGAGAAAAUUUUAUGAGAUGAUAGGAGCCAAGGUGGCCAAGGUGUUCAUGGCUCCUGCAGUGGGCAGGCAAGUCUCUCCAGAACCUCCCCUCCCCCAUACCAGAUCGCAGCUGACAACCCACAGAUGAGAGGCACUUUGACCCAGCCAGUGGUCCCUCCCACCCGCCCCAUCACCCCUGCAGCCGCCAUGGAGGAGCGGCUGCCACCACCACCACCACUGCCAAAACCUGAGCCCAAGUCUAGCCGUGCCCUACAGUGAGAAUCUUAGAGAAGAGCCUCAGAGAGAAUGGCCGUAUCUUCAGUAAACGUGUCCUGGUGCAUCUGUAAUUUCUUAUCAGAAUCUUUUAAAAAAUAUUUGAAGAUUGAUUCAAGAUGGUGGUGGCCGCCGACACUGGUAGGGACCACAGAGCAGUUUGUAGGGUGAAUCCUUGGUUCCCCUCUUGGGACCUGACCCACAGCAUGGAGCUGCCAUUGCUCCUGAGCUGCCCAAGGGCAGAGAGAUGUGCAGUGGCUUGGAGCGCCAUCGGACCCUGCCCCUGGACACUCUGCCCAGCUGAAAGAUCACUCUGACUGGGAAACAGCAGGAUAUCUGAGAUGAGUCUCAGUGAUAGUCCAGUAGUUAUGGGGCUGCAGAAACCAGAGAUCUUGAACCAGACCAGUGACUCAUUGCAGUAAGUGUUUGCCUGUAAAGCUGUUUGGACAGCAGUUUGCAGUGCCACUCUGAAGACUAAAGGUUCGGUGGAGAGGUAGGAAGGAUGAUGGGAUGGAGCGGCGUGUGAAGAGAGACAGAACUAGAGACAUGGGGCAUAGCUGUGGGCGUGCAGCUGCAUAGGACAGGGGAGCAUGUCCUUGUCAAGGAGGGCCAGCAGAGUGGUGAGCAGCAGCCUGGAGUUCGUGCAGGCUCUACCCCUGAACAUGCUGCCCGGCCCCAGGAUCACCCUGGCUCUGAGCAAUGUCAGGAUGUGCACAGAGAUUGGUUGAUUUCUGGACUGGACCUUCUCAAAAAUCCUCCAUGGUCCAUGCUGCCACCAGAGGCCAUAAUGCUGCAUGAAUUCUGUGUGCUAUAGCUGUGACCAUGCUGGGGUCUGUGGGCUGGGCUGCUGCCAUAGGCUGUUAAUGCUACCAGAGACCAUAUGGGUAUCUGUGGUCCAUACUUCCACUGUGCGGAGCCAUGUUGAUGUUAGUGGUCUGUAUUCCUGCCAGAGUCCAUGUUGAUGUCCAUGGUUCAUGCUACCAUCAGAGGUCAUGUUGGCAUCCAUGGUCCGUGUUGCCUCUUGAGACCAUGCUAAUUUUCUUGGUCUGUACUACUGCUAGAGGACAAGUAGAUGUCUGGAAUGGGCUGCUG